UUGAGCAGGCCGAUGUACUGGUGAUCGUUAGAUCACAAGCUUUGUUAGAUGGAUUGACAUACCGGGAUAGCACCCAACACCUGUUGGAAGAAGCCAAUACGAUCUUGACCACCUAUAGAUGUGGAUUGAGAUGGGAUAAAUUCGACUCAAC